AUGUUCGUUAGAGCGCAAGUUCCAAAAAGUCGAACUUCAUUAACUCCACAGAAUUUCAAACCAAUUUGUAUAGAAUCGAGGGGAGAUUGUACCCCAACAAGAAGCAAUAACAUUAGUUACUAUGAACACAGUAUUCUUAUUUAAGAACCAUCUCAAUAAUCCUUAUAAAAUUAUACUGGAAGAGUUGAGGAGAAGCUACAAAAGAAAGUAAUCAAUUCUAGUGGUUCUAAUUUGAGAAGCAGGUAUGUUUCAGAUAAGGAAAAUUUGGUGAGGAUUCCAGGACAAUCCUUUGGAGGAAAUCAACCAUCUAAUAAAGAAUUAUAGAAUGCAAUAAAUAAUCUAAAAAAGUAAAAGGAAGACAUAUGUUAAACUCUUUCUGAGACACUAAAAAAAAACAAUCAAAUUCAAGAGUAAAUUUAAGUAAUGAAUUGAAAGUAAUUUAGAUUGUCAACAAGGAAAUGGAACAAUAAUCUUUUAAUUAUUAAUAAAAUUUAGAUGAAUUUAUGAAUGAAUUUAAUGAACUCACUCAUAAAAUAUAAUAGUUAGAAGAACAAAAUACUAAAUUGUUUGAAUAAAAUGAGCGUCAAAAAUGGUACUUGUAAUAGAUAUAAUGUUAAUCAUCAAGGUAAUUUUUAUUCAAUAUUGUAUAAGAUUUAACUAAACACACAAUUUUGGAACAGGUUGA